AUGCCCCCAGUUAAAGAUGUAUUUUCGAAGCUCAGCUACAAGAGCUCUCCUUCGACAAGGGUUUACAAGAACCAAAGUUUCGACAAAUCUGAUGGUAUCUUCGUCAAUAUCUGCGAGCGAAACCAGCCAAGAGAGGACCCAGGCUCGGCUCCAAAGAUAAGCUGGGCAACAAUUCCUCAAAACGACUACAGGAACGCCCAAUGCGGUCUGUGGAUUGCCGCACAAUUCCAGGCUUAUUACGUCUUCAUCCCAAGAUCCACGGCCAUUUCCAUUGCCAGUGGUUUUGACGGUUCCGGAUUCACAAUGUUCGCAAUGGAAAGAGAGGACUGGGUGGACAUGCUCGGAGUUCAUAGGCAUGUCUUAAGAUUCUUGAUUCGAAGAAUAUUGUGGAAUGGAAAGAAAGCCACGAAAGCCGGCCUUUCAUUGGGAAUGAUGAAUGAUUUGAGGGGUGAAUACAAGCCAGGGAAUAUUUCUGAGGAGGAUUUAAGUUGGAGUGGCUUGUGCCCCAUCACAUAG